CUUUCUUCGGAAUUUGAACACCAGGAGCAACAAUGGGCCCUAAGAAAACAGGUCAUUUGAGCCAGAGAGACGUCAGCAAAAGCCUCUUAGUAUUUGAUUGGCCUUUUGUUGAGAGAACAGUGACUCUGUGAGCUGGGCCCAAGACAGACACUGGCCCCUUUUAGAGGAGACAAGAGUCGGAAUGGCGUGUACUGAAAGGGCAGCGCUGACAGCUGAAACUAGGUGUGUCACAGGCCCGGGAUUGUGGGGAACGCUUUGAGGGACUUCUGGGCAGGAGCAGGCGGGGCACCAGCAGAAACUCCAAGACCAGGAAGGACGAGCAACGUGAAAGGAAAGAAAGGUGGACCCCAGAGAUGUCUCGGUGAGAGCCAGACGGGAAAGUGACUGAGAGCCCACGCGUCCAGGCAAGGCUCAGAAGCCGGGGCACCUGGGCAAGGGGUCGAGUGAGAUGUUCAGGAGGAGCCCCCAGCGGGCAUUCAGAUACAGCCCUGGACGCGGCUGGGGACACUCCAACAAGGGAGCUACAAGGCCCAACGAUUUGGACACAGGCCAAGAAGUCAAGGACUGUUGAAGCCACAGUCUCCACUCUUCUACUGACACCAACGACCACCCAGCCCAGCCAAACCAUAUGGCCUCUUGUUUUCCUGAUGUAUGAGGACGCCUGCAGGUGCCUGAGGAGCAGCGUGAUCCCAGGGCACCAGGGUGCUGCCCGGCAGGGCUAGGCGGGCACGGCAGCCAUGGCCAGCACAGCCGUGCAGCUCCUGGGCUUCCUGCUGAGCUUCCUGGGCAUGGUGGGCACGCUCAUCACCACCAUCCUGCCGCACUGGCGGAGGACGGCGCACGUGGGCACCAACAUCCUGACGGCCGUGUCCUACCUGAAGGGGCUCUGGAUGGAGUGCGUGUGGCACAGCACGGGCAUCUACCAGUGCCAGAUCUACCGGUCGCUGCUGGCGCUGCCUCGUGACCUGCAGGCGGCCCGUGCGCUCAUGGUCAUCUCCUGCCUGCUGUCCGGCAUGGCCUGCGCUUGUGCUGUGGUGGGCAUGAAGUGCACCCGCUGCGCCAAGGGCACGCCCGCCAAGACCACCUUCGCGGUGCUCGGAGGGUCGCUCUUCCUCCUGGCCGGCCUCCUCUGCAUGGUGGCCGUCUCCUGGACCACCAACGACGUGGUGCAAAACUUCUACAACCCGCUGCUGCCCAGCGGCAUGAAGUUUGAGAUCGGGCAGGCCCUGUACCUGGGCUUCAUCUCCUCGUCCCUGUCCCUCAUCGGAGGCACCCUGCUCUGCCUGUCCUGCCAGGAGGAGGCACCCUACAGGCCCUACCAAGCCCAGCCCAGGGCCACCACUGCCACUGCUGCCACCGCACCCGCCUACCGGCCACCAGACGCCUACAAGGACAACCGGGCCCCCUCGGUGACCUCCGCAUCCCACAGCGGGUACAGGCUGAACGACUACGUGUGAGUCCCCCAGGGCCGUCCAUCCCUGAGGGCCACCUGAGUGACAGCCGAUGGAUGCAGGGUGCAGCCCAAAGUUUACUGCUGGGUUAUUCUGUAUCCAAGGGAUGUGCUUAGACACAGGGAAGGGGGAGAAAUAAGAGGAGAAAACUCGGUAUACCAAAGACUUUUUUAAACCCUUGCUGUUUUUUGUAUUUAUUAUACGUAUUUAUGUGGGUGAUUUAAUAAGAGCUAAAUAAAGAGAGACUCGGA